AUGCUCCUGGCUGCUUUGUACUGCCUGCUGUGGAGUUUCCAGACCUCCACUGGCCAUUUCCCUCGAGCCUGUGUCUCCUCUAAGAACCUGAUGGAGAAGGAAUGCUGUCCACCGUGGAGCGGGGACAGGAGUCCCUGUGGCCAGCUUUCAGGCAGAGGUUCCUGUCAGAAUAUCCUUCUGUCCAAUGCACCGCUUGGGCCUCAAUUUCCCUUCACAGGGGUGGAUGACCGGGAGUCGUGGCCUUCCGUCUUUUAUAAUAGGACCUGCCAGUGCUCUGGCAACUUCAUGGGAUUCAACUGUGGAAACUGCAAGUUUGGCUUUUGGGGACCAAACUGCACAGAGAGACGACUCUUGGUGAGAAGAAACAUCUUCGAUUUGAGUGCCCCAGAGAAGGACAAAUUUUUUGCCUACCUCACUUUAGCAAAGCAUACCAUCAGCUCAGACUAUGUCAUCCCCAUAGGGACCUAUGGCCAAAUGAAAAAUGGAUCAACACCCAUGUUUAACGACAUCAAUAUUUAUGACCUCUUUGUCUGGAUGCAUUAUUAUGUGUCAAUGGAUGCACUGCUUGGGGGAUCUGAAAUCUGGAGAGACAUUGAUUUUGCCCAUGAAGCACCAGCUUUUCUGCCUUGGCAUAGACUCUUCUUGUUGCGGUGGGAACAAGAAAUCCAGAAGCUGACAGGAGAUGAAAACUUCACUAUUCCAUAUUGGGACUGGCGGGAUGCAGAAAAGUGUGACAUUUGCACAGAUGAGUACAUGGGAGGUCAGCACCCCACAAAUCCUAACUUACUCAGCCCAGCAUCAUUCUUCUCCUCUUGGCAGAUUGUCUGUAGCCGAUUGGAGGAGUACAACAGCCAUCAGUCUUUAUGCAAUGGAACGCCCGAGGGACCUUUACGGCGUAAUCCUGGAAACCAUGACAAAUCCAGAACCCCAAGGCUCCCCUCUUCAGCUGAUGUAGAAUUUUGCCUGAGUUUGACCCAAUAUGAAUCUGGUUCCAUGGAUAAAGCUGCCAAUUUCAGCUUUAGAAAUACACUGGAAGGAUUUGCUAGUCCACUUACUGGGAUAGCGGAUGCCUCUCAAAGCAGCAUGCACAAUGCCUUGCACAUCUAUAUGAAUGGAACAAUGUCCCAGGUACAGGGAUCUGCCAACGAUCCCAUCUUCCUUCUUCACCAUGCAUUUGUUGACAGUAUUUUUGAGCAGUGGCUCCGAAGGCACCGUCCUCUUCAAGAAGUUUAUCCAGAAGCCAAUGCACCCAUUGGACAUAACCGGGAAUCCUACAUGGUUCCUUUUAUACCACUGUACAGAAAUGGUGAUUUCUUUAUUUCAUCCAAAGAUCUGGGCUAUGACUAUAGCUAUCUACAAGAUUCAGACCCAGACUCUUUUCAAGACUACAUUAAGUCCUAUUUGGAACAAGCAAGUCGGAUCUGGUCAUGGCUCCUUGGGGCGGCGAUGGUAGGGGCCGUCCUCACUGCCCUGCUGGCAGGGCUUGUGAGCUUGCUGUGUCGUCACAAGAGAAAGCAGCUUCCUGAAGAAAAGCAGCCACUCCUCAUGGAGAGAGGAUUACCACAGCUUGUAUCAGAGCCAUUUAUAAAAGGCUUAGGCAAUAGAGUAGGGCCAAAGCCUGACCUCACUCUAACUCAAAGUAAUGUCCAGGUUCCAGAGAAUAUCUGCUGGUAUUUUUCUGUAAAGACCAUUUGCAAAAUUGUAACCUAAUACAAAGUGUAGCCUUCUUCCAACUCAGGUAGAACACACCUGUCUUUGUCUUGCUGUUUUCACUCAGCCCUUUUAACAUUUUCCCCUAAGCCCAUAUGUCUAAGGA